AUGCCUCCUGAUAGAGGGCGUGCUGGUCGCGCAUGCGUAGCGUGCCGCAAGCAAAAGACACGCUGUUACGCCGGUGAACGUCCUGGAGCAUCCUGUCUGCGAUGCAACACCUUGCGUCAAAGUUGCAGCUUCACAACUGAAGCUGAAGUGCAAAGUCCAAGUCUAGCAACCCCUGCACUCGGAUCUGUGUCUGCCACAGAUGCAAGAUUAGAUCGGCUGGAAACAACGGUCAAUUUGCUUCUCAAGAGGUUGGGCGAUGGACCGAGCACUGUCCAGACUCGGUCGCCGACGCCAUCAAGGGCGCCAACUCACGACAAUGAUCAAAGUUCCGCUAGUAGGGAUCGUGGUGCAUCUUUAGAUGCAGACGCCGUCGCACCGGUCUUCAUUCUUCGUGAUCUGGCCGCCGAAACUGGAGCUGCAACUGGAUCUAAUGGACGGAUAGCCGAUGGUCAACUUUCGGUGGACGCGGAAGACAUCAUCAGUGCGGGCGUUCUGGCGGAGCACGACGCUAUCAAGUUAAUUUCAAUUUUUCAAGAGCACUACGGCCGAUGGGUUGCUUUUGACCCUACAUCACAGCCCGAGACUCUACUGCAAACGAUUCGCAAGUCUCCCCUGCUCCUAUGUGCUUGCUGUUUGAUAUCAAUUCGGCAUUUUUCAGUCGCAGCAGCUGAAGCUCUUGCACCACGACUUUUCGACAUUUCCAAGUCACUGCUCUCUUCCGCGCUGCUGAAAACUCCUCAAAGCUUUGAAUUUUUUCAAUCUGUGAUCAUACUUUGCAUGUGGUCUACAACCGUUGGUCAAAAUCCGUUAAGCAUCGACAGCUGGUUGGUUUCUGGCUUCGCCCUGCAGCACUGCUUCUCAACAAAGCUGUUUCAGUCGAUCGUUGCGGACAGCUCGAAAGUCAGCCAAAGUCGGCAUUUACUAGAUCGGCUGCGAGUAUUCAAUCAUCUGAUAUUGGUACAUCUCCACUAUUGCUGUGGUACUAGACGCCGCUCAAUUGUGGGUAGACAUCAAGUUGAGAAAUGCAAAGAGAUACUGAAGUCCGACCACGCCACGAAUUUUGAGCAGCGCAUGGUUGCGGAAGUCAACCUAUACUGGAUAAUCUACGAACAAUGCACGGGAUCUACCCUCGAUCUCCCGAAGGUGCAGGCAAGCUUGCACGAAUGGAAGAAACAGUGGAGUUUCGUUCUUGGUAUUCUAAGUCCUAUGAACCUCGAACAGAUUGCACUAACGACACAUUAGAACAACCUCGGUCUCAAUUUCUGGAAAUGGGUCACCACUUUGCUCAGCUCCUUGCGUACGAACGUGCUCUCAAAUCUCGAUCCGCCAGAGUUCGGGACUCCUUAUUAAAUGAGAUGGUGAGACUUUCAGUUGCGAUCAUCAAACUGGCCAUGGACAAUGCAGAUGAGCGUACAGCGCAUCUGAGCGAUCAUAUAUAUCACAUCAAGACAUUUGCGGCUGUGACUCUGUGCCGACUAUUAAAUUUCUAUGAAGCUCAGUUGGCCACGACUCAUGAAAUAGCAGAACUCGACAGUCUUAUAAUCAAGUUUAUUGACUGGCUCAAAUCCAUCGGGCUGUCUUGUCACUCUGGAUACACCUUGGGGCUUAUAGUUGCAGCUUUUCACAAGAAACUUCGGCCAGAUGCACAACCACUACAAAAUCCAACCAUGGACCUGCCUGAGGAUGGCUGGAUGGUGGAGAACUUCGUGCCUGCCUUUCUACCUGAUCUUCUUGAUACCGAAGUGUCACCUGGCGGGAAUUGGGAAUGGAACGCUGACUGGGAGCCUUUUACAACUGGACCUCUAACUUAAUCAUUAAUCGAUGCCUUGAUCAGAGAUGCCCUUUUCUGUUUGAAGGUUAAUUUAUUUGCCAGUAUACAUCUUCUCCAACCAUCUGAAGAUAGGGAAAGAUAUUCCUGAGAAAAGGAAGGUUAACUCAUGACCAAUGUUCGCGCCGUGCGCACCGAUGAGCUCUGCAACGGGACCGACAAACCAAGCCGUCUUCAUUCCAAGCACAGCGCCAACGAAGCCGAAUAUGAACGCGCCAAUAGCAGCCCAUCCAAAUGGCAAUAAAUCAGCCCUAUUCCAGGCAUCCCAAUUGUAUGAGCUAUACCGACCCUUGCGGUAAAUUAAAUGUUCCUCGGAAACAACAACCAAAUGUAUAAUAGUCCAGUAUCCAAUGAUGGAGAGAAACGUUUGCAGAGUGUCUGUGAAGUACUUUGCCGCAAAGGUUCCAGUUACGAUGGCUGCGACGAAUCCGAUGGUUACAAACGCAAUCCUUGGCACCUUGAUUGCCCAUGGACCCCCGUUCUGUGCAUGAUGAGCAAAGGCGUAAUUGUUCGGGAUGUUGUUUGGUAUCGAGGAGAGAGCUGCGAAGACGAGGCAGAGCUUGCCGAAGCCUCCAGCCGGUUGAAUGGCUAGUUUAAGUGGUCCGCCAAAUCCGUGUUGAACGAAAGAAUGCUUCCACUCAGGAUUCGCUUGCACACCGCUGUAAACAGCUGCUCCAAAUGUCUGAACCAAGAUAGUUGGCACGGCUAUACCAAUCUUCGCUUUGCAACGUUUAUACUACAAGAUUGAAGGUCUCACAUUGAAGUCGCUCGCACAAUUGAUCCAAGAAACUGCGAAGGAGAAGAUGACUGCCAGGAACGACAAGGCGGCGGCAGCUCCAUUUGGUCCUGUCGGUGAUUUGACAGCGUCUCCAGAAAAGUGCUUGGCUCCAGUGCCAGCAGCGACACACCAGCAGAGGAAUGGGAAAAACCAAAGUAUUGAAUCCAGCUUAUGUAUCCACAUAAUGCCGAGCGAGCAUAUUAUCCAGACAAUGGUGCAGAUAAUGAUCACGCCAGCCCAAGUUGGGCACUUGCCAUUAGACAACGCGUUGAGAAC